AUGUCCGAGCAGCAACGACGGCUGCCUGGCAACCCGUUCUUCCCGUCGAGAAGCGGAUCACUUGAGAGUGCACCCGUGAGUUUCUAUUUUUGAAAAACAAAAGGGAAACAGUGUUAAAUGCAGGAUUCGCCUCAUUUGAUCGAUGCGCUCACUUCGCAGAUUGACGAAUUUACCAUUCAAAGCAUCAUCGAUACGCAGAGACAGAGGUAUGAUAUUUCUCUUUUUAUCUUGAAGUUAUAGAAACUAAAAAAGCAAGCUUUCAGUUUGAAAAGGUUCGAAAAAACGAACGAAAUGGUGAUGAAUUGUGCACAAUUAGGAGACCGGCGGAUCGAAAAGGCCAAGAAGGAUUCGAUCGGACACAAAGAGACAAUUCUCCAGAUGAAAUCCGAUCUUGAAUUCAUUUUUAAAAAGAUUCGCACGUUCAAGACAGUUCUCGCCUCCAAGUACCCAGAGAUUUAUGCAGAAGGUAGGGUCAUAAAUAUAUUGAAGAGAGCCUCCAACUUUUUGCUUACAGUUUCUACGGAAUUCGCGCCGAAAAAGGACGACGAAGAUGAGUGA